AAACUAGGGAGCUAAAAUUGUGAAAGAGAGGCAGUUUAGCUUGGUUUAAUGGAAGCCACUCUCACAGCAACCACAGCUUCUCACCUCAUUACAUCUCACACUCUCCCCUCCACAUUCCCACCAAGAAAAUUUUCCCUCACUUUCCUUGGAAACCAAAGGAAACCCAUUUCAACUCUCAAGCAAACUUCUUCCUCCUCCUCCUCCUCCUCCUCCUCUCACAGUCCUCAUCUCAGAGUCUCUGCAAAUUCCCAAGCUGCCCCUGCCUCCUCCUCCACUGAGACAUCCAAAGUGGCCUCCUUACCUUAUGAGAUGAAGGCAUGGGUUUAUGGAGAAUAUGGAGGUGUGGAUGUGUUGAAGUUUGAUUCUUCAGUUUCAGUCCCUCAAGUGAAAGAGGACCAGGUCUUGAUUAAGGUUGUUGCUGCUGCGCUUAAUCCUGUUGAUGCCAAGAGAAGGCAGGGGAAGUUCAAAGCCACUGAUUCUCCACUUCCGACGGUGCCGGGCUAUGAUGUUGCUGGAGUUGUGGUGAAAGUUGGAAGCCAAGUGAAGGAUCUGAAGGAGGGGGAUGAAGUCUAUGGGGAUAUUAACGAAAAGGCUUUGGAAGGCCCUAAACAGUUUGGCUCUUUAGCGGAGUUCACCGCCGUGGAAGAGAAGUUGUUGGCGCUGAAGCCUAAGAAUUUGGAUUUUGUUCAGGCUGCCGGGCUUCCUCUAGCUAUUGAAACAGCCUAUGAAGGUCUUGAAAGGACUGGAUUUUCUGCCGGCAAAUCUAUUCUAGUUUUGAAUGGCUCUGGUGGAGUUGGAAGCUUGGUUAUUCAGCUAGCAAAACAUGUAUUUGGUGCUUCAAAAGUGGCGGCUACUUCAAGCACAGGAAAAUUGGAGUUGUUGAAGAGCUUGGGUGCCGAUUUGGCCAUUGACUACACCAAGGAGAACUUUGAAGAUUUGCCUGAGAAAUUUGAUGUGGUGUAUGAUGCUAUUGGGCAAUGCGAUAGGGCAGUGAAGGCCAUUAAAGACGGGGGCAGUGUCGUGGCUUUAACCGGUGCUGUCACGCCCCCUGGAUUCAGAUUUGUGGUCACUUCCAAUGGAGAUAUCUUGAAGAAAAUAAACCCAUAUUUGGAGAAUGGGAAAAUAAAGCCAGUCAUCGAUCCAAAGGGGCAGUUCCCAUUUUCUCAGGUGCCUGAAGCUUUCUCUUACAUUGAGACCAAUCGAGCUACUGGAAAGGUAGUUAUAUAUCCAAUUCCUUGAGAAGAUUGAACCGAUGAACAAGGCCAUCGUGUAAUCUAUCUGAUAAUUAUUGAAACAUUUAGAAUUGUAGAACUGAUGACAUUUUUGGUAAUACCAGAUGUAUGAGUAUAUGGCUUUUGUAGAUGAAGUGUUGUUUCUUUUGUUA